AUACCCAAAAACAUCAGUUUUCAAUUCCGUCAGUUCUGUGGCUUUUCUCAACUCGAUUUUGUCUUCCUCUGCAUCUCAAAGCUCAAAACUCAAAACCCAGCUAUUCCUCUCUGUAAGCUUCGACGUAGCUCGCUUCUCUGGGACUGGAAAGGUUCAAUGAGCUCCAACACGACUGAGACGAACAAGGAGGAGAAGAAGAAGGGUCCUCCUCAAAUUGUUAAAUUGAAUAAAGCUUUGGCUUUGGCUGAAAAAUGGGUUAGUAACAUGAGUAAACUACCGGCAGAAGAUGAGUCUUUUGAGACACAGAGUCGACCUGCUAGGCUUGGACUAGGUGCUAAAGUUUCCCGUACAUCCACAUUUGUGCCUUCAGAUGAUCCCGUUGAAAGAAAGCUAUAUUACAAGUUGAAUGCCCAAAAGAGAAAAGCUGCCAAAAUCGCAGAGGAGUUAGCACCAGGUGCUGGUGAUGAUGACUAUGAAGAUAAUGAAGACAGCAGAACCGGUGCGUUUGAGAAGAAAAAGAGAGCAGCUAAUCCACUAACCCCACCAAUAGGGAAAAAGAAAAGGAGAAAGUGAGUAUCUCACCAUGAGACAAUAGCUAUGUCAUCUUGUUGAAAGUGAAAAGCUUUGGUUCUGUUCUUGUUGUAGCUGAUGCAAUUUUGUAGUAGACUUGACGAUAAGUUAAUGAAAUAUAUUCACGAGAAAUGUUAACUUUGUGAGUUAUGGAUGGGCGAGGCAGAUGAUAUGCAGUC